CAAAUGACAUUGUCAUCCAGGGUUACUCUGAUGAAGUAUGAGAUUGUUUUGUUGCUGGCUAGCUACCUAUGUUAAGUUACUUAAACUCUAAUGUCAACCUUUCCCCCAAACUGGUUGACGUAAGUAAUUAACGGUUAGUUCAAGUCCAUGUUUUAGUCUACUCGAAAACAUGCACAACUCGUGUGAGCAUGUUGACCGCGUAGACUAAUAACAAGUCCUGUUUAAACUUUUUGUAAGUCUCAAAAACUAUCCAUGUCUCUGAAAGUUAGAAGUUGGGAAUAGAAACAAGAGUAACGCUAGUCAAUUAGACGAAUUUAGCGCACCUGUAUUUUUUUUCUCAUCCAGUAACGUUAGGGUACUGAACGCGUAUACUGUCACCAUGAAGAAAAGAGAGCGUGCGUAUUAAUUUCAUCUAGACAGGUCCGUCUGCUCAGACAAUGGCAUGGAAUACAUUUGACUUCAGUUAUUUUAACACAUUCAUUUGACUCUAGAAUGGUCAUAACACAAGGACAUCCACAGCCAAUUUGCUAAGCGCUAAACAUUUGACAGAACUGGAAUUCACCCUGCAUAUCAUUAUUAAUGCAGUCAGCAUCACAAACGUUGUCUAGUUUUCUGUGAUGCAAGCUCUUGCGAACAAACUUCUGAAAGUUUAAAGUUUAAAUUAAACAAUAUUAGCGUAAGUAUGUAUAAGCCGCUUUCUAUAUUGUUAAAAGUAUUGUCAAAGAGACUGGCGAAACCUACAGCAGUGGGUAGCCGACCCGAAAGCCACAGAUGUGAUGAGUAGCCUACACUGUUUGCUUGGACCGCGGUUGGAAUUCAUGCAGCGACGUUGUUAAGAAAGGUGAUAGCCACAGUAAGGCUUUCAAAAGCACCCGAUGCGUGGCUUUAGGUCAUUUGUAGAGUUUUGACACUUUUGCGGUUCAUGGUCACGUCAUAAGGCCCUAAUUCUUUUUUUUUAUCAAAACCGAAAAAGAUCGCUGUGGGCGAAUAGAGUAGCCUAUCCUAUGCUUUAAAUGGUUGUUGACAGUCCGCGGGGCUAGUCAUCCACUCACUUGACUAGGCGCGCAGUCGUAUAAACUAGCGCUAUUUAACAUGAGCCACUUAAAGCUAUAGCAUGUUUGCACUUCCAUGUCACAAUAAAGCACAUAAUCACAUUUCCCUUCAUUUGUCUGGCAUUGCUAUAGAUUAAUCCAUCGCUGCCAUCAUCCGUGUUAAAGGUAUCGUUAUGUGAAAAGGUAGCUAGGUGGCUGUACAAACACAUCAUUCACGAGUGCACAUGGUGCUUUAACUCGACUGAAGGGAAGCCUACAAUUAUUUUUAAAGUACGCUUCAUGAACACCGUCCUUUUCAGAGAUAUUUCUCAGCGUCCAACCACCCUUGUUACACUCUGCUAUAGCCAGCUAGCUAUCUCUUUUGAUCCCGAUUUUCCGCUGGUUUUAUAGACUAUUUAUUUAUUUAUAUAUUUGUUUUCUUUCCACGGGGUUGUCGGCGCGAGAUCCUCCGUUUAACCUGCGUAUUGAGCGGAGCUGGACUUGGGAAAGUCUUGUUUUAAUUUCACUCAUCUUCAAUCUGAUCGUUUAUUCUGGAUUCAUUCAUUUGAAGUUAACCUCCUGUUGCGUGAUGGGGCGCUGAGAAAGAAUAGGGUUUUAAGCGCAAAGUGGAAUCUUGCGACUGUGGUCCUCUGUGGAUUUUGAGGAAGAUCUGAAAUAGUGAUUAGGUCCCCCCUCCUCCUUGUCAGUGCGAGACCGGGCGUCUUCUGACCGCAAUUUGUUUCCAUGUUUUUAGGUUUGUGUGAUUUUGCUAAAAUGCAUCACCAACAGCGAAUGGCUGCCUUAGGGACAGACAAAGAACUAAGCGACUUAUUGGAUUUCAGCGCGAUGCGAAACAGCGAUUUGAAAAUGUUCCCAACACCAAUGAUGUUUUCUCCCCCCGUAAGCAGUGGAAAGAACGGACCGACCUCGCUCGGGAGUGGACAUUUCACCGGCUCAAAUCUUGAGGAGAGGGCCAGCUCGGGAUCGUGGGGAAACGGAAGUCGUGCCUCAAAGAGUUAUGUUGAUGGUUCCCAGUAUGCUCACAUGGCCAACAGGGAACAUGGAUCACACGAGAGCAUCUCUCCUCCCUACGUCAACUCCAGACUAGCAGGAAAAUCCGACAGAGCAUCCUACUCGUAUGGGAGAGACUCCAAUCUGCAUGGCUGUCAUCAGCCAAAUCUCAUGGGGGGAGAGAUGGGGAUGGUCAGCCCGGGAACAGUGUCACCGACCAAGCCAGGGUCCCAGUACUACCAGCACUACGGCAGCAACCCGCGCCGAAGACCCCUGCAUACUGACCCCAUGGAGGUCCAGACAAAGAAAGUGCGGAAAGUUCCCCCCGGUUUACCCUCUUCAGUGUACGCCCCGUCGGCGAGCACGGCGGACUACAACCGCGACUCACCAGGGUACCCGUCCUCAAAACCCCCCACCGGUUCCUUCCCCGGCUCCUUCUUCAUGCCAGACGGCCAUCACAGCACUGACCCAUGGAGCUCCUCCAGUGGAAUGAACCAGCCCGGCUACAGCGGCAUGCUGGGAAACUCUUCGCACAGCUCCCAGGGCGGCAGCUACUGCGGUCUGCACCCACACGACAGGCUGAGCUACCCAUCACACUCCUCGGCCGACAUCAACUCCAGUCUUCCUCCCAUGUCCAGUUUCCACCGCAGCGGCGGCACCAGUCACUACAGCACGGCCUCCUGCUCUGCCACCACCAACGGCACAGAAAGCGUCAUGCCUAACCGGGCGUCGAGUGGGGCCCCCAGCAGCUCCCAGACGGGUGACGCCCUUGGAAAGGCCCUGGCUUCGAUUUACUCCCCGGAUCACACAAACAACAGUUUUUCAUCCAACCCCUCCACUCCAGUAGGCUCUCCGCCCUCCCUCACAGCCCCCAGCUCAGCAGUCUGGUCCAGGAAUGGAGGACAGGGCCCAUCUUCUCCCAACUAUGAGGCUCCACUGCACUCUCUGCAGAGUCGCAUCGAGGACCGUCUGGAGCGGCUGGACGACGCCAUCCACGUGCUGCGCAGCCACGCCGUGGGCCCCUCCACAAACAUGCCCAGUGGCCACGGCGACAUGCACAACCUCAUCGGCCCCGCACACAACGGUGCCAUGGGCGGCCUGGGCUCCGGCUACGGGACCGGCCUGCUGUCCGCCAACCGCCACUCCAUCAUGCAGGUGGGCGCUCACCGUGAGGAUGGCGUCGGCUUGCGUGGCACUCACCCAAUCGUGCCAAACCAAGUGCCAGUCCCACAGCUGCCCGUCCAGUCGGCCACCUCGCCCGACCUGAGCCAGCCAGACCCCUACCGAGCUCUCUCCGGCGGUCUUCAGGGACAGAGCGCCUCGUCCGUCAGCUCUGAGAUCAAGUCAGAGGACGAGGGAGACGAGAACCUGGACAGCAAGUCUGUGGAUACUAAGAAGGAAGAUCCAGACCACAAGGACCUCAAGAGCAUUGAGAGUAAUGCCGACGACGAGGACCUGACCCCAGAGCAGAAGAUCGAGCGCGAGAGGGAGCGCAGGAUGGCCAACAACGCCCGCGAGCGUCUGCGCGUGCGCGACAUCAACGAGGCCUUUAAGGAGCUGGGCCGCAUGGUGCAGCUGCACCUGAAGAGUGAUAAGCCCCAGACCAAGCUGCUCAUACUGCACCAGGCCGUGGCCGUCAUUCUCAGCCUGGAACAGCAAGUCAGGGAGAGGAACCUGAACCCUAAGGCUGCGUGCCUGAAGAGACGUGAGGAGGAGAAGGGCUCAUCGGACGGAGCCUCCCUCUCACUGGCCGGGGCCCACCACAGCAUGGGAGACGCCUCCAACCCAAUGGCACAAAUGUCCAAGCUGCCAGAGUUCAUCAAGGCCAUGAGCGACCACUUCCUUUGACAACAUCACUCAAUCCCCACCGACCAGUCAGCCCACCAAUCAACCAGUCCAUGAUUCAGCUCAGUAACUCAGCCAACCAUCUGACCGACCAACGUUUUGUUUUGUCCUGACCUGUCUUAUGUCUUCUGUAGAGAUCUGGGCAUAUGUACACUGGCGAAGGAAAGAAGAAACACAAGACCUUUUUUCCUUAUCUGUUCUUUUCAGCAUUCCCAAUUUUAAAAUAAAAAAAAGGAACAUACAUAAAAAAAAGUAAAAAAAAAAAUUAAAAAAAAACAGGAUUAAAAGAAAAAGAAUAUGUGCUCCAAAUCAAUGGGGGACUCCUCCAACAUAUCAUGAUGAUGUACCAACAUUGCAGGGCUGGUGCAGCCCUCAGACCCAACGGCAAUCUACUCCACACGGUGGAACCUGCAGUCGUGCCUGACUUCCUGUCGGACGUCCAAAACAAAAAGAGAUGAAUCAAGUCAAUCAAUCACACUGGUCUUGAGGGGGCGGGGCCAGAACCAGGGGGUUUCCAACUUAAACAAAAAGAAAAGUGAUUACAAUAUGUGGUAGAAAUUGAAAAAUCAUGUUGAAACUCGCAAUAAUGACAAAAAGUGUACUUCUAAAUUCAGGCACAUGAGUUGAAUGGGACAGUGUGUGAAGGCAACUGCAGCAUGGUCGUGCAGGAGAGACCAGGGGGCCAGAACACACUGCUGCCCCGAUAGUGACUCCUAAGCCAGCACACUCACACAUAUACAUACAUACACACACAUCCACAUCCACUCCAUAGCCCACAGCACAGCCACUGAGCAGAGAGACAGAGAGACAGAGAGGGGGAGGCCGUCAUCAGUCCCAGAGGACUGUCACAGGGUGGAGCGAGGGAGCGCCAGAGAGGAACCACACGGAAGGGUUGAGGAGAAGGAACAGAUGUGUGGUCAGGUGGAGAGAAUCAGUGUGAAUGCAGGCAGGAGAGAAUCAGGAACCCAGUGGGUGGGUCCAUCGCUCCAUCACUCUGGUCGUCGACUUAUCUGUUUGUUUGGUUUGUUUUCUGCCCUGGUCUAGCCGCUCACAGCUCCUGUUGUCCCCAGUGCUCACCUUUGACCCCUGACCCCCACCCCACCCACCCCCCAGAGAUGCAACUUUGACAUGCUACACUUCUACCAAUGUGCCUUUUUAGAGUCCAUAUCAUCACACAGCGUGAGGAAGGAGGACCUUAUUGGGACUUUUUAGGAUGCAAGCUUAGGGAAAAAUCGUUUUAUUAGGUCAUUAGGUCUAUGCAGUCAGGUUUUUUACAACCUGGGAUUUAAAAAAAAGUAAAAAGGAAAAAAAAGUAUUUUUUGGAUAAACUGUAUUUAAUGUACUGUAAUGCUUAUAUGUAAUUAGAAGGCGUGUCCCUGAACAACAACCUGUUUUGAGUGAGUUGUGCCCCUCCUCCCCAGCUCCGCCCUCUCCAUGACCCCACCCCUCGGCCCCUCCCUCACCCCCCUGCAGCUGGGUUUGUUUCCAUAGUGAGCGUGUGACACGUCUGUUAUUGAGCGUUGUAUUAUAGCUAUCAGCUUUUUAUCAAUAUGGGCUUGUCAGUGGGCCACUGUAGUAUUCAGUACAAAUGUGUGGUUGUAUGUGUAAAACUGAUUUUUUUUUUUGUUCCUCUCUUUUUUUAAAACCUUUCUCUUAUUCUUUGUCUGUUCUGGUUUCUCUGUCGGGAAGAAAAGAAAGAGGAGAGCACACUUUUGCUGUGUCAGCAGUGACUCCUCCCUCUGUGGUUUCGCUUAUCCAAUCAACACGAGGCACUGAAACUGGAAAAGAAUCUAUUAGAAAAAAAUCCAUAUAUAUAAAUGUAGAAAUAUAUACGAUAUAUAAAAAAAGGUGUCGAUUUUCAGAGGAGAGAUUGUUGGGGGAUGAAUUAUUUUCUCUAAUCGUCGGGCGGAACUAUACGAGAAGCACUCCAGUGUUCCUUUCUCUGGAAGGUGACGUGAGCGCUGAAGUGCCCUGGCAUCAGUGACUGUGGCACCGCAGGCAGACCUGUAGGGACGCAGAAGACAUCGAUCAGCACCACUCACUGCUUCUCAGCUGUCAAAAGGACACACUGACAUUUGUAAAUUGUAUGCAACAAAUGCAAACCUACCAUAAUUUUGAAAUUGUGUAUGUAAAAGUUAUAUUUUUACAUGUAGACUGUUGUUAUUUUGUGUUUAGAACUAUGUUGUAUCAGUUUUUUUUUCUUCUUUUGUUAAAAGAUGACAAAAGUAAUUCAGUGUGUUUUGAAAAAAUGUGUCACAUUGAAAAUGUAGUGAGGUCAAAUGCUUCAGAAUCUUCUUUUUUAUUGUUAUGUUUAUACUGUAUUUCUGGGAACAUUUGUUUGAGGGACUCUGGGAAUGGACAAUGAAAAGGUAUAUAGUAUUUGUUUCAUGCUCCAUAGUCAUUACAUUGCCAUUUUUAAUUGUAUUUUGGAUAUAAAAAUGUAAAUAGUCAUAACAGGGCGGGGGUGGGGGGUGGGGUUGUGUCAUUUUAGUGGAGGGUGAUUACUCUCUGACAGCAGAGUGAGGGGGUGAAGCGUUCUCUAGCCGUGCACCAUCUGUUGGGCCAAGGCAGGUGCCAAACACAGCAUCCAGUGGUGCUGGUCAGCUCCAGACCUCAACUCUCUGCUCCUAAAGCGCAGCCAUCAUGGGUCUGGAGCCUGGAACAGGUCACAGCAGUCUGAUGGCUCAGAAACCACGACCAACACAGACCAACAGAAUGGCCUUCUGUUAUAUCACAGUCAAGUCUGAACGAGAGUGUGAAGAGGGCCUGAUUUCCCAUGUUGUUACUUGGCUGAUAGUAGACAGUAUUUCCCCGUACUAGACCUUGAAAGGCAUGUCAUGUAGUGCUUUACCACGUGAGUGGGCAAUCAAGGCAGCAUUGUUUUUGUUUUCUGGUUUUCCAUCCACAUAAGAAUUCCCUUAGUGUUGAACACUUCCACCAGGCAUUGCUCUUGUCUCAUGUUGUUUUUCUCCUGCCAAAACACAUGUCUCUUUUCCAUUAGAUUUGGGUUUGUUAUUUCACCUUGCAUUUGAAGCAGUCAUGUUGUGCUUUAGCAGUUGUUUCAGCUGCUUUGGGUAUGAGGCCAGCGUAUGUCUCGUCUCCAAAUGAGGGUCCCCUUUCAUGUAAAUCUCGUCAUAGCAAAUAUCUAGAGAUGCAGUAAAUGUCCCACACAGGCAGCAAAAAUAUAGCUGAUAUUUGGUAAUUUAUCAAUGUGUUUUUCAGUGCACAAAAAAAAAUGGGGAAACAAUGCAUUUUAUAAGAAGUGGUUGUGUGUCAAAUUUGUUUUUUUGCAAGAAGUGCUAAUUUUUGUAACUUGAAAAAAAAAAUAAUAAACUGAACAAUCAUUGGAGCCCAAUUGCUUCCCAGCUGUGGCUUCACUUAUUAUGAGGAAUAAAAAAAAAAUCAAAGUGAAGAUUAGCUGGAUACCCAUCACCCACUGCCAAGAAUUAACAAAACUCUUCUGACCCUUUCAGUGUCAUUAAACUCUGAAAACUCCAUCACUUGCUGUGAAUGGAGAAUAAUAAUUUACUCCAAGUUUUAGAUUACCAGUGUAAUUCAAAUGAUUGUCUUAAGCAGAGCUGAAAUGAACAGUAAAACACAAAGGCAGAUGACAGUAUGGCAGAGCCCAUGCUUACUAAUUAAAAACCACUUCCAUUUGUCUCCAGUCCUGCUAGAACGAACAGACACCUGUCAGUCAAGUUAAGUUUGCAAUUUGUCUUCCGUAGUUUUUUUGUUUCCUUUUUCGUCAUAUUUUAGUCCUGUUUAACUUUCACAAUGUGUGUAAGGUCAAGAGCAGAGGAGGAGAGGCCAAUAGUCAGGUUAAGGAAGCAACUCAGACUCCACCUUGAACAAGCACAAACAUCUAUAGAACUGGCUGACAUCUUCAAAGUGAUGCUGAGGAUCUGAAGUAGAAGGCCACACGGCUCUGAGGCUGACUGAGUAGUCGUUGACUGAGUAGUCGUUCUCUUUCAUUCUUCUGUAUUUUUAAGCCGCCAUCCUUGUGCAGUGGUUUGAAACAUGAUCAUUUCAGAGUAUUAUAGACAUAUGUGAUAGUGAAAAUAUAUGGACUGUGGCCUUUUUCAUUCUUGUUACUUGUGAUGCAAUUAAGUGAAGAAAUCUACAGCAAGCAGAGAGCUACCAUGUAUCAGUGCCUGGCUUUUUGUUCUAACACUUGUUUUGUCUAGUGCCCUUUUGCUAUGGAAUAGGCUAGCGCACCCUAUUCUAGAGAACAAGAAAAAAUUAAUUUGAAAAAGAAUUACAUUUGGCUUAUUUUUUCCAGGGGCUAUCAUUUUAUACCAGGAUAUUGAGUAAAUCAAUGUAAAAUGGGAGUCAUAAUGUCAGAUUCUAAAAUAUUCCACUUUGUAGAUUUUUGAAAUCAUUUGAAGUGAAAGAGUUUGUUACUUUAUUUGACUAUUUAAAAGAGGUUAUUUUAGCGUGUGUUACGAGACGAGACUGUACAGCGUAGUGGGCGGUUGCCCUCGGACUGAGGACAGAGGGGGACGUGGGUACCAUCCAGACCUGCAGCAGUGAUUCAAAGGAGAAAACAAAAACAACAAAAAAGAUAAAAUGACAGUUACACUUUCUUUCCAGUGUGUGGCUGUGUGCCUCAAGCCUUUUCUUUUCAUGUAUUUUCGAUGCGUGUGUGUUCCUCUUUUUAUUUUAUUUUCCUUUUUCUUAAUUGUUUCCAUUGGACUUUUUAUUUUGUUUUCCAUUAUAAUUAUUAUAGUUGUUGUUAUAAUUGUUAUUAUUAUGAUUACUUUCUCUGAUAAGUAGAAGUGUCCACACAGCUUUGUGUGCUGGAGUUUCUCUUCAAGCCAGCUUAUAUUAGGCCAUUGCCUGUUGUUUUUCAUCUUGUAGUUAUUCAAUGAAGUCAUGUACAUGACCGUUCUGUAGCAAUAAAUGUGCCAUUUUUAUAA